AUGCCGCCACAGUUAGCGAAGCAAAAGCAUGCGAGAUAUUUCCAGAGGUUAUUGCAAAUCAUGCCCAAUUCAUACGCAGCAGAAUUCGACUGCUCUAGACUUGCGGUAGCCUUUUUUGCUAUAUCAGGAUUAGAUGUAUUGAACUGCCUGAAUGAUCUUGGCGAGGAGACGAAACUCGAUGCGAUAAACUGGAUCUAUAGGCUUCAAGUGACUGGUGCUGGGCCACGUUCUGGUUUUCAACCUUCGACAACAAUACCAAAGGAUACUCCAAAAUAUCAGUGUGGUCAUUUGGCAAUGACAUACGUCGGAUUAGUUACUCUUCUAAUUCUCGGUGAUGAUUUAAGUCGAGUUGACAAGAAAUCCAUCAUUGAAGGAAUGCGAGCUUGUCAGAAUCCUGAUGGGUCAUUUACAGCUGUUAUAAUAGGAUGUGAAAGUGACAUGAGAUUUCUUUAUUGUGCCUGUUGCAUAUCUAUAAUUUUGAAUGAUUGGUCAGGCAUCGACAAGACAAAAGCAAUUGAUUAUAUUCUGAGGAGCAUUUCGUAUGAUGGAGCAAUGGGCCAAGGACCUGGUCUUGAGUCGCACGGAGGAUCCACAUUUUGUGCAGUAGCUAGUCUAUUUCUCAUGAAUGAGCUUCACAAUGUAUUGACAAAUGAUCAGUUAAAUAGACUAAAGAGAUGGUGUCUCAUGAGGCAAGACAGUGGCUUUCACGGACGACCUGGAAAAUCUUCUGAUACUUGUUACAGUUUUUGGGUGGGUGCGACUCUGCAAAUGCUUGAUGUUAAUAAAUUAUCGGAUCCAGAAGAAAAUAGAGCGUUCCUGCUUGAAACUCAAGAUAAUGUUGUGGGAGGAUUUGGAAAGUUUGUUGAUUGUCUGCCAGAUCCCCUUCAUACCUACCUAGGUCUAUGCGGUUUAAGCCUCUUAGGAGAGGCUGGUUUAUGCAUAAUGAAUGCUGCCCUUAACACUUCUGACCGAGCAUAUAAACAUUUAUUAAAAAUACAUGAAUUCUUACAAUCUUAUAAAGUAUUUGCAACAACUGAAUAUCAUAUCAAACGCACAGAGUUAAAAUACAAAGGAAAACUAAUGUUUUUUGUAUCUUAUUAUGGAUCCUAUUUGUACAGUUCUCACAGAUUCUCUGUGCCUAGAACCGUUAUUCUAAAAACGUCAAUUAACGAGAAUAUUAUGAUUUUGAAGUAUGUUAUCAACUGUUCUGUUUUAAUGAAGACACUUGUUGAACACGUAUCCAAAGCGCAUACUGGAUAUAAGAGGAAACCCAAUAGCAUAAUUUAA